AUGGCUUCUAAGCGGUUUGUUGGCGCCAUGGCAAUCUUGGCAUUUGUUCUUCCUGUUGUGGCCAUGGCAACUGAAUUUACUAUUGGAGAUGACCAAGGAUGGACCAUUAAUUUCGACUUCUUCAAAUACACAGCGGGACGACACAAUGUCUUCAAAGUGAAUGGUACGGCCUUCACGAACUGCACUAUACCACCAGCAAAUGAAGUUAUUACCACUGGAAAUGAUGUAAUUACACUGGCCGUCCCUGGAAGGAAGUGGUACAUAUGUGGUGUAAACGACAAUUGCGCCAACUAUGGACAGAAGUUUGUCAUCAUUGCAUUGGAAGAGUUGGCGUCUCCUGCACCGGCCCCCUCCAACCCCACAACACGAGCACCCAACUCUGCUCAUGGGAUCUCUGGGUCCGGUUAUCAACUUCUGAUGGCAGCCAUGGUUGCUCUUGCCUUCCUAGCUGUUUGA